AUGCACAUGUCAUCCAGUUCGGACCACGCAGAACUGCCUCUUAAUCAACGCCAACGCCAAUCUCUACCAGGAACAGGAGAAACCAUGCAGUCAAUUCGAUACAGUGGAGAUGCAGACGUCAGCGAUGCAGAGACGGAGUUUCCUUCCAUCGAAGAACUCCUAUUACCAGAUAUAAAUGGCAGCCUUAGCAGCGUCCGCGGAGACGGGACAGGUUCGGAUAAACUGAAAUGGGGUACAAGCCAGGAUGAGCCUAUCCUCCUGGACAGUGAUGUGGGCCACAGUGGAGUGCUGGACGAUGCUGAGAGGGAGAUCCUAGUAGAUCUCUCCGGUUCUCAAGCUGCACUAAGUGAUGUGGCGAUACAGACAACUACGACAAAGGUGAAUGACGUGCUGUUGCUUGCCUCUCAAAACAUGAGCAAGCUUGAGACAGAGGGUCUAUCCGGUUUGGGUAGUGUUCAAGAAACCAGUGCUAUAUCUGUGACCGAAGGGAUCCCAACGAACGAAGACAAGAUGGAUAUAUAUCAACCAAAAUCAACAAGGGAUAGCAAUGAUUAUAUUUCCGCAGAGAACGACCAUAUCGACACGAUUGAACUAAGCCCUGGGGUGAAGCGCAGCGAUGAUCGAGAUGGAAGCACAGAUGGUACUGAUGGCGAAGACCAUAGCAAUGAUGGCUCCGAUUCUGAUAUAGAGCACCCACAGCGUUUAAAACGGCGGAGGAGGGCAAAGAGCACGGAUAGCUCUGCACAAACAAACUUCACCAAUGUGAAAGACGUUACUUUUUCGACCGAUUCCUGGGAUGUCUUAAGCCAGGGAGGAACAGCGGUCUCUUUCGAUAUCCCUCCAAAGAGUCAAUUUAUUAAUGGUGGAGAUCACGUAAAUGAUAGCGACACCGCUGGCUCUGAGAUACAGGAGCGGAGACUAAAACGGCCGAGGCGGGCAAAAAGCACGGAGAGCUCUGGACACAUGAGCCCCAGCAAUGUGAAAGAGGCUUUUUUUGCUACGGCCAAUUCCUCUGAGGUCUCAACUCCAAAGACAGGAGCGACGUCGUCUGAUUCCCCGCUAGAGAGUCACGAGAUACCAAUCCGGGGUUCCCUUACACUACAAACAUUCCAGUCGGGAAUAGUGUAUUGCCUUAAAUUUUACCAGGAGUUACCAUUUCCUCUCGACAUAGAGCAGGCACAAGAUGUCAUCAGCAGUGCCUCUAGUGGCGAUAGAGACAGGGAGCGGCCGCAUUUGCGAGAACGAGUCGUGAGCAGACCUGGGAGGCAUUCGACAUAUUCAAAAGAUGACAACAAACUGUUGAUACAGCUGAAAGAGAAAGACAAAUUGCCAUGGGACGAAAUAGCAGAGUACUUCCCGGAAAGGACCAAAGGGACGUUGCAAGUGCACUACUGCACAAAGCUGAAGAACAGCUCGCAGACGUCUAAGUGCAAGAAACGCAAGAUAACAAACUCAGCUAAAGAAAGCGGAAAAAGAUAUCCAUCCAGGUUUUCGAUGGACUUGCUUGAUCCACAGCUUCAAGAUGCUCUUCCUCCUUCCACAUCAACUCUACCAGCGACUGCCGACUCGAUCGAGGAUGCUCACGGAAGCAUAGUGUCAACUACACCAGGAAACAUAGAACGCACGGAAGUUCAACAGCUUUGUAGCAGCCAAGGAGUAGAAAGCAAUCUAGUUGCCAUCCACGCUACAGAAGGGAGGUGGGAGGUUGAAGCGCUUCUUGCCAAGUCAAAAGUAGGCAGCGUGAUUUGGUACCUCGUGAAGUGGGCAGGCUUCCGGGAUGAGGAUAAUACGUGGCAGAAACAGGACGACAUCAGUACAGAUCUCAUCAAUGACUUUGAGGCGAGCUAUCAAGUAGUCGGCAUUAUCGCCAGCAUCGUCCAGCUCGUCGACUUUAGCACGAAAGUCUUAGCGCGUCUCGACGACUUCCAAUCCAACCUUGGGGAGAUUCCAAAGGCCUUUCGACACAUCAAAGCCGAGCUGCCAGUGCUGCAAGAGACGCUCAAACAAACCAAAGACAAAAUUGACCAUGGUGCUAUCGAAGAGUCAACGAAGGCUGCGCUGCUGCCAGCCGUUCAAGGUUGCAAGAUUCAAAUUGAAGCGCUCGAUGGUCUCCUUGCCGAAACCUUACCAGUGGCAGGUGACUCUCGCCUUAAGAAGACUACAAAAGCGCUAUGGAGCAUAACGCAGGACAGCAAAGUUGAAAGCAUUACGAAGACUCUCUGUGGUUAUAUCGUAACUAGACUGGCCGGCCCGGACCGUAAAGACCAGACUGGACUGGACCGGACCGCUUAUAUGAGUGUUCCAGUCCUUAAAUUUAAGACCGGACCGUGGUUCGGUCCUCCUUUUUUUAAGGUUCGGUCCUCCUUUUUUUCAAAGCCCAGACUGAACUUCGGUCCAGUCUCUAGGGUUAAGACCGGACCGUGGUUCGGUCCUCCUUUUUUUCAAAGCCCGGACUGA